CAUUUUCAUCAUCUCAUCCCAAAGAUCCAAAAAAUAUAAGAGAGAAUCAGAGGAGAAAGGCAUGAAACAGGAGCAGGGACAAGAAGCGCCGCCGUCCACUUCCGUCACCUCAGCACCACUACCUCUUCUUCUUCCUCCUCCUCCUCCUCCGUCAUCGUCACCAUACACGUUGUUUCUAACGAUUAUGAGCAAAAGGAGAACAUGGGUAUUUCUGUUUGUGCUGGUUUAUGCCAUCCUUUUAUCUUCUUCGUGGAAUUCCCUGAAAUCGAUACUGUCUUGGUACAAACAUGUCCAAGCCCAGCCGUCAUCUCCUUCCUCCGGUUGGCCUGCCGUAUAUGCUUCCGUCCUUGUCGGUGCGGUUUUCGGGUUGCUUUCCAUGGUUGCGGCGCUGGCUGUGGCGGUUCCGGCUACUUUGGUCACGUGGAUAACUAUUGUGGUUUUGCUCGCUUUCUUUGGGAAACCGAAGAGGACUUUAGUGGUUGAAGGAAGGAAAAUCACGAGAGAGAUCGCUGGCUCCGUGUUCAAGAUUUUGUUGAAGGAAGGGAACCUAGUAGCUGCUGUUUGUGCCGUUUUGGGCUACUAUGCACUCGUCGGGAAGAACUCCGGGGAGUGAUUUUAGGCCUUAUUUUAGCCGGAAUCAGGGCUAUGUUACAGUUACUCCUGUUUUUGUUGGUUCCCUGAAUAAAUGGAAUUACGACCUGCACAUCAUAUAUACAACACAGCUGGUCUUGAGUUUCUUUGAAGGUGUAGGGUGAGUAGGGGUGGGUAAAAAAUAUCAGAGUCGAAUAAUUUGAGCUG